AUGUCUCUGAACAACUCUUCCAAUGUAUUUCUGGAUUCAGUGCCCAGUAAUAGCAAUCGCUUUCAAGUUAAUGUCAUAAACGAGAGCCAUGAAAGUAGUGCAGCUGUGGAUAACAAUGCCGACCCUCCACAUUAUGAGGAAACCUCUUUUGGGGAUGAAACCCAGAACAGAUUCAGAAUCAGCUUUAGGCCUGGGAAUCAGGAGUGUUAUGACAGUUUCCUCCAAAAUGGAGAAAACGCUAAAACAGAUGCCAGUUUUCAUGCUUACGAUUCUCACACAAACACAUACUACCUACAAACCUUCGGCCACAACACCGUGGAUGCCGUUCCCAAGAUUGAGUACUAUCGCAACACGGGUAGCGUCAGCGGGCCCAAGGUCAACCGACCCAGCCUGCUGGAGAUUCACGAGCAACUUGCAAAGAACGUAGCGGUGGCGCCGGGUUUGGCCGACAGGGUUGCUAACGGUGAUGGGAUGCCUGAAGAUGAAGAAGCCGAAAACAAGGAAGGGGAGGAUAAAGCCGGCGCUGUGAAGUUUGGAUGGGUGAAAGGUGUGCUGGUAAGAUGCAUGCUGAACAUCUGGGGUGUCAUGCUCUUCAUUCGCCUCUCCUGGAUUGUUGGAGAAGCUGGAAUUGGUCUUGGAGUCAUCAUCAUCGGCCUGAGUGUGGUGGUGACAACACUCACAGGUAUUUCUAUGUCCGCUAUUUGCACAAAUGGAGUAGUAAGAGGAGGUGGGGCCUACUAUCUUAUUUCCAGAAGCUUAGGGCCCGAGUUCGGUGGAUCUAUAGGCUUGAUCUUUGCUUUUGCCAAUGCGGUGGCUGUUGCUAUGUAUGUGGUGGGAUUUGCUGAAACGGUGGUAGAUCUUCUUAAGGAGAGCAACUCAAUGAUGGUGGAUCCAACCAACGACAUUCGGAUAAUCGGCUCCAUCACAGUGGUGAUUCUUUUAGGAAUUUCAGUAGCUGGAAUGGAAUGGGAAGCAAAGGCUCAGGUGAUACUUCUGGUCAUUCUCCUCAUUGCUAUUGCAAACUUCUUCAUUGGAACCGUCAUUCCAUCCAACAAUGAGAAGAAGUCCAGAGGUUUCUUUAAUUACCAAGCAUCAAUAUUUGCGGAAAACUUUGGGCCCAGCUUCACAAAAGGUGAAGGCUUCUUCUCUGUCUUUGCCAUUUUUUUCCCAGCAGCUACUGGGAUUCUUGCUGGUGCCAAUAUCUCAGGAGACUUGGAGGAUCCCCAAGAUGCCAUCCCCAGAGGAACCAUGCUGGCCAUUUUCAUCACCACUGUCGCCUACAUAGGAGUUGCUAUUUGUGUAGGGGCCUGUGUGGUCCGAGACGCCACCGGAAGCAUGAAUGAUACCAUCAUUUCUGGGAUGAACUGCAAUGGUUCAGCAGCCUGUGGGUUGGGCUAUGACUUCUCAAGAUGUCGACAUGAACCAUGUCAAUAUGGGCUGAUGAACAAUUUCCAGGUUAUGAGCAUGGUGUCAGGGUUCGGCCCCCUCAUCACUGCCGGCAUCUUUUCUGCAACGCUCUCCUCAGCCCUGGCCUCCCUCGUCAGCGCACCCAAAGUGUUCCAGGCUCUGUGCAAGGACAACAUCUACAAAGCCCUGCAGUUCUUUGCAAAGGGAUAUGGGAAAAACAAUGAACCCCUGAGAGGAUACUUUCUCACUUUCCUUAUAGCCAUGGCAUUCAUUCUUAUUGCGGAACUGAACACCAUCGCCCCCAUCAUCUCCAACUUCUUCCUGGCCUCAUACGCACUUAUUAAUUUCUCCUGCUUCCAUGCCUCGUAUGCCAAAUCUCCGGGAUGGAGACCUGCAUAUGGAAUUUACAACAUGUGGGUAUCUCUUUUUGGAGCUAUUUUGUGCUGUGCAGUUAUGUUUGUCAUCAACUGGUGGGCAGCUGUCAUCACCUAUGUCAUUGAGUUCUUCCUCUACCUCUACGUGACUUAUAAGAAGCCAGACGUGAACUGGGGCUCCUCCACACAGGCUCUUUCCUACGUCAGUGCAUUAGACAACGCCCUGGAAUUAACUACCGUGGAAGACCAUGUGAAAAAUUUCAGGCCACAGUGCAUUGUCUUAACAGGGGGACCUAUGAUAAGACCUGCUCUCUUGGACAUUACUCAUGCCUUUACCAAGAACAGUGGCCUUUGCAUCUGCUGUGAAGUCUUUGUGGGACCUCGCAAGCUGUGUGUUAAAGAGAUGAACAGUGGCAUGGCAAAAAAGCAAGCCUGGCUUAUAAAGAACAAAAUCAAGGCUUUUUACGCUGCAGUGGCGGCAGAUUGUUUCAGAGAUGGUGUCCGAAGUCUCCUUCAGGCCUCGGGCUUAGGAAGAAUGAAACCAAACACUCUGGUGAUUGGAUUUAAAAAAAACUGGAGGAAAGCUCCCUUGACAGAGAUUGAGAACUAUGUGGGAAUCAUACAUGAUGCGUUUGACUUUGAGAUUGGUGUGGUCAUAGUCAGAAUCAACCAAGGGUUUGACAUCUCUCAGGUUCUUCAAGUGCAAGAUGAAUUAGAGAAAUUGGAACAGGAGAGACUGGCUUUGGAAGCCACUAUCAAAGAUAAUGAAUGUGAAGAAGGAAGUGGAGGCAUCCGAGGCUUCUUUAAAAAAGCUAGCAAGUUGAACAUUACUAAGCCAGCUCCUAAGAAAGACAGCAGCAUGAACACAAUCCAGUCGAUGCACGUGGGGGAGUUCAACCAGAAACUGGUAGAAGCCAGCACCCAAUUUAAAAAGAAGCAAGGAAAAGGCACAAUUGAUGUGUGGUGGUUGUUUGAUGAUGGAGGGUUAACACUCCUUAUCCCCUAUAUCUUGACUCUCAGAAAAAAGUGGAAAGACUGUAAAUUAAGAAUCUAUGUUGGAGGAAAGAUCAACCGCAUUGAAGAAGAAAAAAUAGCAAUGGCUUCUCUUCUGAGCAAAUUUAGGAUAAAAUUUGCAGAUAUCCAUAUCAUUGGUGACAUCAACAUUAAGCCAAACAAAGAGAGCUGGAAAGUCUUUGAAGAGAUGAUUGAACCAUAUCGUCUCCAUGAAAGCUGCAAAGAUUUAACAACUGCUGAGAAAUUAAAGAGAGAAACCCCAUGGAAAAUUACAGAUGCAGAACUGGAAGCAGUCAAGGAAAAGAGUUACCGCCAAGUUCGACUGAAUGAACUCUUACAGGAGCACUCGAGAGCUGCUAACCUCAUUGUCCUGAGCCUCCCAGUGGCAAGGAAAGGAUCUAUAUCAGAUUGGUUGUACAUGGCUUGGUUGGAAAUCCUCACGAAGAACCUCCCUCCUGUUUUACUAGUUAGAGGAAACCACAAAAAUGUCCUGACGUUUUACUCUUAAUACAUGAAAGAUUAGAACACACCUUAACUUAAUGUAUGAAUAAUUAAGAAACAUGUCCUAGUGCUUUAUGUUGUAAAUCUGAUCUAUGGAUAUGCAAACCUCUGAGACAAUCAUACAGGAUUCCAUAUAAACUAUGUCA